CGCCCUCCAUCCUCUCUCGCGGCCACACACACACACACAAUACAGUUACACAUCUCGCUCUAUCUGGCGGUGCCAUGGCGACGGCGAACGGGAGCAGCGGCGGCAAGGGGUUCGAGGUGCCCAAGGUGGAGAUCAAGUUCACCAAGCUCUUCAUCAACGGCCAGUUCGUCGACGCCGUCUCCGGUAAGACGUUCGAGACCCGGGACCCUCGCACCGGUGAGGUCACCGCCACGAUUGCCGAGGGCGACAAGGCAGACGUCGACCUCGCCGUGAAGGCCGCCCGGGAGGCCUUCGACAACGGCCCCUGGCCGAGGAUGACGGGCUACGAGCGGGGCCGGAUCCUCCACCGGUUCGCGGACCUGGUUGACCAGCACGUGGAGGAGCUGGCGGCGCUCGACACGGUGGACGCCGGCAAGCUCUUCCUGGUCGGAAAGAUUUUGGACAUCCCCGCCGCCGCCCACCUGCUGCGCUACUAUGCCGGUGCCGCCGACAAGAUCCACGGCGAGACGCUCAAGAUGGCGCAGCGGAUGCACGGGUACACGCUCAAGGAGCCCGUCGGCGUCGUCGGCCACAUCGUGCCCUGGAACUACCCGACCACCAUGUUCUUCUUCAAGGUUAGCCCUGCCCUCGCCGCGGGCUGCACCGUGGUCGUCAAGCCCGCCGAGCAGACGCCGCUCUCCGCGCUCUUCUACGCUCACCUCGCCAAGGAGGCCGGUGUCCCCGACGGUGUGCUCAACGUCGUGCCCGGGUUCGGCCCCAAGGCCGGCGCCGCCGUGGCGUCGCACAUGGACAUCGACAAGGUGAGCUUCACCGGGUCCACGGAGGUCGGGCGGCUGGUCAUGAAGGCAGCAGCCGAGAGCAACCUCAAGCCAGUCUCGCUCGAGCUUGGCGGCAAGUCUCCGGUCAUCGUGUUCGACGACGCGGACCUUGACAUGGCCGUGAACCUGGUUAACUUCGCCACAUACACCAACAAGGGAGAGAUCUGUGUCGCCGGCACACGCAUCUAUGUGCAGGAAGGGAUCUACGACGCAUUCGUGAAGAAGGCCGCCGAGGUCGCCAAGAAAUCGGUGGUCGGAGAUCCGUUCAACCCGCAUGUACACCAAGGCCCUCAGGUUGACAAGGACCAGUACGACAAGGUUCUCAAGUACAUUGAUCUCGGUAAGCAAGAAGGCGCCACGCUAGUCACCGGAGGGAAGCCCUGCGGCGACAAGGGCUACUACAUUGAGCCCACCAUAUUCACGGACGUCAAGGACGACAUGGCGAUCGCGCAAGAUGAAAUCUUUGGGCCGGUGAUGGCUCUCAUGAAAUUCAAGACGGUUGAGGAGGCGAUUCAGAAGGCGAACAACACCCGGUACGGCCUGGCCGCCGGAGUAGUGACCAAGAACAUCGACAUCGCCAACACGGUGUCACGGUCGAUCCGCGCAGGUGCCAUCUGGAUCAACUGCUACUUCGCAUUCGACCCCGAUGCGCCGUUCGGCGGGUACAAGCAUAGCGGGUUCGGCAAGGACAUGGGCAUGGACGCCCUUGAGAAGUAUCUGCAGACCAAGACCGUAGUCACACCCCUAUACAACACACCUUGGCUCUGAUCUCAUCCUAAGAGCAACUGAAAAGAAAUGAAGAAAGAACAUGUCUUAUACAGAUAAAUGGAUAAGUAAUCUGUACCUGAUUGGAUUUGAUAUAGCAAUAAUUUAGCGUGGACUUGUUAAAAAACAUUAAAGACACAUAUUUCGGUUACAUCAGCUGUUGUCUGAUCUGUUCAAGAACAUGUUGUAGUAUUUAACUGACAACCAUUAACUUGUGUGGAUUCUUUUUUCUUAA